GUGGUGGUAUGGUGCAUGCAUGGGCUUCGUUGUUGAGCUUCUGCGCAGCGGUAUAAAAGUCUGCUGUAUAAUUUUAUAGCUACAAGCUGAGCAGUAAAAACUAGAAAAGGUACAGAGUAAUGUCAACAGAGAAUUUCGUUGAAGAGAAGAUGGUGGACGCAGCUAAAGUUGCGCUGUGGGAGAUCUACGGACCACACCCCGGUCUGGCUCUCCUCAAGUUCUGGCAGGGAAUCGUGGAGCUCUGUAUUGCCAUCGUCGUCUUUGCACUGUCAUUUGCUGUCUUGGUAGCUGCCUGCGUAGCCAUCUCUGACGUGUCCAUCGACACAACAGGAGCCACGGAGGACGUGGUUGACAUGGUGGAGGAUAGCAGAUCGGCCACCGGUUUCCUCAUCUUUGUCAGCCUAUUUCUCCUUCUCUGGGAACUGGGUCUGGUCCUAGUGAGGUUCCUCAACUUUGGAGCCGUAAACCGCUUCUUUUUUAUAUUUGCUCUAGUGGUGGUGGGUGUGGCUGCAGUUCUGGCGGUGUUCUCGUUUUCUGGAGGAGUUGCAGCUGCCGUGGAGGGAGAGGACUGGCGGGAGCAGAUUGACUCCUGGGAAGACCAGGGAGCCGCCCUCACCGGUAGAGCUAACAGAAUCCCAAAGAACAUGGCUGCCACUGGCGCAUGUGGAAUCCUUGCAGGGAUUUCCCUAGCUGUACAGGGAACAUGGACCGUCCUCUUUCUCCUCCUCCACUGGAACAAGAACAUUCAAACCACGUCUGCGUUCGCCGGCGUCACUAAAGGUGUCGAGACAGAAGUGAAGGAAGCCAUCUAACUAGCACACCGACCGACCAUAUCCAAGAGCCUUUUUGAUCAGUCUUUACAUACAAUCAUCGCAACCACAAACAAGUCUAUGUUAGGGGUUUGAUCCAGUAUUAUCUUUGUGUUUCGUGUUCUGUUGCAACUUGUCUCCGAUCUAAAUUGUUCCAAUAGUCGGCACAAAUUGACAGUUGUCGA